AAACCAGGUUAGGAAAUCUAGCACUAUAUAUUUGUGAAAAAGAAGGAAAACUUCUCUUAUCGUGUUUUGAUCUAAUAGUUUAUUUUCUAUUUGGAUAAAAAAAAUAUUGAGCUUAGAUAAAAAAUAAUAAUGAUCCAAAUUCUUGGAACACUUGUCUGUAUUCCUCCUCCCCCCAUCUUUACCCGACCAAAACGCAAACACCUGGCCGUCGCUGCUGGGGCGGCUAUAAAAGCCGGGAAGGCAAGGGGAUCGAAGAAAGGCAUCAUUGGAGGGGGGAGAGAGAGAUGGGGUUCCUCUUCCGGGUGAGGUUGGCAUCCUUCUUUGCCGGAGCCGCCACAGCGUCCAUUGCCGGCUUCUAUCUCCUCUACAGGGACUACAUGCUCUCCCAUGACGCCAUCGCCCAACAGGUGAAUGGAAUCUAUGGAACUCUUGAUGAACGUUAUGAAGCUCUAAACAGGCGUGUCACGGCCCUGGAAACUCAGAAGGAAGCUGAAGCCACUGAAUCUGCAGGGGCAUCUGGUUAGAUUGAGAUGUUUGUUGCUUCCAAACUGCUACACUUUGCUUCGUUCCUGAUGUUUGUUCAGAUGCUGCAUCGUUAGAGAUGCUUGCAACAGUACAUACUGGAACUGGAUGUGCAAAAAAAAAAAAUUCCCGAAAUGGUACUCAUAAUCACACUUGGCAUUGUUGUUCUAUUGCUCAUCAAUAAUGUUGGGGCUACUUAGUUUUUAA